AUGAGGAACUCUGGCGUGAAAGUCAUGGGCAUGGUUGGCGGAGCUGCCGCGGGCUCCUUUACAAAGGACACGCUCGAUGGAGACCAGGCAACCUUUGACAAAUACUACGGCCAACUGAAAGCCGUCAUCCAGGAAUUCGGCCUUCAAGGGAUGGACUUGGAUGUCGAACAGUACAUGAGCCAGGCUGGCAUUACCCGACUGGUAAAUCAGCUACGCCAUGACUUUGGCUCCGACUUCACCAUCACGCUGGCCCCGGUAGCUUCGGCGCUCCGAGGGGGGAGCAACUUGAGCGGAUUUGACUAUUCUGCGCUCGAGUCGAGCGACGGAGACGACAUCUCCUUUUACAAUGCCCAAUUCUAUUCAGGAUUCGGAAGCAUGAGAAGCUCCGACGACUUCAAUAGCAUUACCUCGCACGGGCUGGCCGCCUCCAAGAUUGUCGCUGGGCAAUUGACAUCAGCGGCCAACGGCAACGGCUAUAUACCGUACGAUCAGCUAAACUCAACCAUCGUGCAACUUCGAAGUCAACAUGGACAGAUUGGUGGAGUGAUGGGGUGGGAAUACUUUAACAGCGAGCCGGGGGGUACGUCUCGGCCAUGGCAGUGGGCUGAGAUCAUGACACAGAUCCUUCGACCAGGACAGGCUCGCAAACUGCAACUUUCGACCUCCGACGUGGAGAGGUUGCAGAACGCAUACAGAGACACGGUCAGGUUCUCUCAGACAGUCCAAGCAGACGUUGAGAUUGCGCAGAAAGUCAACUAUACCGCACUCGCAAAUAUGUAA